CGCCCCCCCACCCCCCACCCCCAACAACAAACACAACAACAACAACAGCAACUUCCGCGAUAGAGGAUCGCUUUUACCUGUUGAUGAAGUCCCACCGGGUGCGGGGCGCAGAGGAGCAGUCGGGUUUCUUCACAGAGAAGAGGAGUGCGCAAAAGGUGCAGGCGACACACCGCUCCAGCGGCCAGGAGGAGUGAGGGACUACGGCUUUUCUUUCCCCCGGCAUUUGCAGCUUGUGCUGGGUUGCUGGAAAAUGGGCACCCCGACAACCUCGAUCUGUGGACUUAUCCUGUCUCUGAUUCUCACGUGCCAGCUGGUUACUGUGAGCCAGGCCUCCAAGGUGUGGGGAGAGGUGCCUCUGCCAGAGGACUUGGAGGCGGAGAAAGCCGUCCAGGCAUCUCAGAGCCUACUGGACGACGACGAGGACUUUGCUGCUGAUGAAGCUUCAGGAGAGCUGCCCAGUGGAGAGGAUGAUGGAAGCACACCGUGGAGUUCAGUCCCUGUGGUCACAAUUUAUUACAGAGCUCUUGUCAACUUCACUGACUCCCUGGUUUACGGCCCCGAGCUCGACGACAUCUUCUCUUCAGCCUAUAAUGAGAUCUCGGAAGCAGUGGUGGACACGCUGGAGUCGGACUACAACAGGAUUCCAGGUGUCCAGACAGUCAAUGUGGUCCUCAUUAAGAAGAUGAUAAGAGAGGACGGCGUGGACAUCUUUGUGGAGAUGGAUGUGGGUUCUGACUACAACAGCAAUGAAGAACAGAUACGCAGCGUGCUGUACAACGUAGUGAAGGAGGGAUCCAUUGCUUCCUACGUCACAUCAGUCCAGGGCUUUCAGUUCAGACGGCUUGGGGAAGUUCAACCUCUGCCUCCAGUGGAGCCUAUAGCAGUGCCAGUAAACGCCGUCAUCAGACCCUGCAUGUCAGAUGAGCACAGGUGUGGUGACGGGACAUGUAUCCUGGCUGAAUACCUGUGUGACAACAGACCAGACUGCAGAGACUUGAGUGAUGAGACCAAUUGUGAAUCCAAACGGCCGACCCCUGCAGCCUCCACCACACCUGCCACCAUAACCACCACCGUCAAGAAGCCCCCGCGGCCCCCCAGCCCACCUGGACCCUGCAGGGCGGAUCAAGCCACAUGCCAGAGCGGCGAGUGUAUCCCCCGUGACUACGUCUGUGACGGAGAGAGGGACUGCUCGGACGGCAGCGACGAGUUCAGAUGCGGUACCCCAUCUCCCUGUGAACCCAAUGAGUUCAAAUGUAGAAAUGGCCGCUGUGCCCUCAAGCUAUGGCGUUGUGACGGAGACAAUGACUGUGAGGAUAACUCGGAUGAAACGGACUGCCCCACCAAGAGUCCUGGCGACAGGUGUGCUCCUGAGCAGUUUGAAUGCCUGGGCGAUCGCACCUGCAUCCCAGCGAGUUACCAGUGUGAUGACGAGCCAGACUGUCCUGACCGCUCAGACGAGUACGACUGCACCCCUCCCUCUGUGACAAGCCCGCCGGAAGAGUCCAUCCAGGCAGCGCGGGGGGCAACGGUGACGUUCAAAUGUCAGGCUGUUGGAGUGCCAACACCCAUCAUCACUUGGAGACUCAACUGGGGCCACAUUCCUGUCAGUGGCAGGAUCUCCAUGACCAGCGAGAAUGGCCAUGGCACCCUGACCAUUCGUGAUGUGAAGGAGGCCGAUCAGGGGGCGUACACCUGUGAGGCCAUCAAUGCCAAAGGCCUGGUGUUCGGCAUCCCCGAUGGCGUGCUCACUCUCACAUCUAAUCCAAAUUCAGGCAAGUGUCCUGAUGGUCAUUUCAGCGUGGAGAACCGCUGUGUCUCCUGCUUCUGUGCUGGAAUCUCCAAGAACUGCAAGAGCACGGGACGCUACCGCAACCACAUCAGCCUGCGUUUCACCCAGGAGGAAGACUUUCAAGGAGUUAAUGUCACCUACCCAUCCAGGCCAGGAAUUCCUCCUCUCUCCUCCACUCAGCUUCUCAUUAAUCCAGAGAUGGAAGAGUUCCAGCUUGUCGACCUGUCACGCCGUUUCCUCAACCUUGACUCUUUCUGGACGCUGCCUCGGCGGUUCCUGGGCAACAAGAUUGACUCCUAUGGAGGUUCCCUGAAGUUCAAGGUGCGGUACACAUUGGCCCGCGGUCUGUCUGAGCCGGUGGAGAAGCCGGAUGUAAUGCUGGUCGGAAACGGACGCAGGCUUGUGUACCGCAGAGGCAACCCUACCCCGGCCCGAGUGGUCAACCAGAGGGAGAUCAAAUUCACUGAAGAUAAUUGGCAUCACUCCAACGGCCGCACUGUGAGCCGUGAGGAGCUGAUGAUGACGCUAGCCAACCUGGACAGCCUGAGCGUCCGCACUAUCUUUGACAACCACAUGGUCAGCGUGGCGCUCAGUGACAUUGUCAUGGAUACCACCACGGUGGAGUUCAGCAUUCUGGGUCAUGCUAAGGAUGUCGAAGAGUGCAGAUGUCCUCCUGGAUAUUCCGGCCUGUCCUGUGAGACGUGUUCCCCUGGUUUCGAGCGUGUCCCCGGUGGCUCCUAUCUCGGCACCUGUGCUGGUUGUAACUGUAAUGGACACGCCAGCGCCUGUGAUCCAAUAAAUGGACAUUGUCUGAGCUGCCAGCACAACACAGAGGGCCCUCAGUGUGACAAGUGUCGCCAUGGUUACUUUGGUGACCCGAGCAGAGGUCGUCCAGAUGACUGCAAGCCCUGCCCGUGCCCGUACUAUGAGACCUCACGGCGGUUUUCUGACACCUGCUUCGUGGACGUUGACCAGCAGCCGACAUGUGAUGCCUGUAGGCCCGGCUACACAGGAAGACGCUGUGAAAAGUGUGCUCCUGGUUACCAGGGUAACCCUCUUCUGCCUAAUGGAAGAUGUACUCCUACCACACCUAGCCAAAGCUGUGAUAACAGAGGGACUAUCAGCUCCCGCAGCGGUCCAUGCAGCUGCAAGAACAACGUGGCAGGCACGGUGUGUGAUGAGUGUAAGACCGGAUUCUUCCACCUAUCAGAGACCAACCCCGAGGGCUGCCUACGUUGUUUCUGUAUGGGUGUCACUAAACAGUGCGCCAGCUCCACCUGGAAUAGAGAUCAGGUGCGCGGAGGGGUGAACGGGCAGCGCUUCUCCCUCUCCAACAGUGCCAACACCAAAACUAUCUCUGAAGGCAUCUCCCAGAGGGGCUCCUCUGAAGUUGUCUACCGCUCAUUCUCCGGUGUCCCCAAUGACAUCUACUACUGGGUCCUGCCUGAGAGCUUUCGAGGAGAUAAGGUGACGGCCUAUGGCGGCGAGCUCCGCUACACGGUGCGCUUUGAACCGUUUCAGCGCUCACUGGUGAUUGACGGCCAGCCAGAUGUGGUUCUCCAAGGCAACGGCAUCUUCCUGGAGCACCACUCUCAGACCAAGCCUCUUCCACGGGUCCCACAAACUGUGACAGUGAUCUUCAGGGAGUCUGGAUGGCGUCGCUCUGAUGGGCAGCCGUGUACUCGUGAGCACCUCCUGAUGGCCCUGGCUGACGUCACUGUUUUCAUGAUCAGGGCCACCUAUGCAGACAACAUGGCUGAGAGCAGUAUCUCAAACAUCAAGAUGGACGUCGCUGUUCCUCACUCUACUGGUCAUGAUCGUGCUCUGGAGGUGGAAGAGUGCGCCUGCCCUCAGGGAUACAGAGGACCUUCUUGUCAGGAGUGUGAUGAAGGUUACACUCGGACCAGCUCUGGCCUUUACCUGGGCACCUGCGAGCGGUGCAACUGCAAUGGUCACGCCAGCGGCUGUGACACGGAGACCGGCAGGUGUCUGCAAUGUCUCCACAACACCGCCGGGCCAAGGUGUGAGCGCUGUCAGACUGGUUUCUAUGGAAACCCGGUUACGGACGGUGCUCAGGCCUGCCAGCCCUGCCCCUGUCCUGGAACGGCUUCCAACAACCAAUUCUCCCCCACCUGUCAUCUGGAGUCUGAUGGCAAGCCAACCUGUGACAACUGUGCCCCCGGAUACUCUGGCAGACGCUGUGAAAGAUGUGCAGCAGGAUACACUGGCAACCCACUGCUUGGACAGGGAUGUAGUGUUGGCAACAAUGAAGUCAACGGUCACUGCUAUAACUGUGACCAAAAAGGAAGUGACGGUUGCAAUGGUGGUGCGUGCCGCUGCAAGUUGAACGUCGAGGGCCCGUCUUGCUCCAGCUGCAAAUCUGGAACCUUCCACCUCAGCCAGGAAGACAAAGACGGCUGCCUGUCAUGUUUCUGUAUGGGCGUCACUCAGCAGUGCUCCAGCUCUACCUACUACAGAGACCUGGUGUCCUUAGUCUUUUCUCCAGGAAACUUCCAGGGAUUCGCUCUGGUGAACCGCCAACGCACCAACCGAAUCUCCACUGGUUUCACGGUGGAGGUUUACUCUGAUGUCACUCAGCUGUCCUACACCAACUUUGAUUACCUGGGACAGGAGCCUCAUUAUUGGCAGUUUCCAGAGGUCUACCAGGGAGACAAGAAACAUUCCUCUUUUGCUCGCACAAAGCGAGCAGAGCAGGGUGGUGUCAGACAGCUGGAUGAUGAGGUCUGGGCGCUCUUCUCUAACUUCUCCAAUGGACAAGCUGGUUCCUCUCGAUUCUUUCCCUCCUCCGCUAAAUAUUCCUCCUCUUCCUCUUCUUCUUCUUCUUCUUCCUCUCGGAUCCCAACUUCCUCCUCCUCCUCCUCCUCUCGGUGGUCUUUGCGUAACCUGAGCCCCCCUUCUUCUCCGUAUGGUAUGUCCUCUUCAGUUAGACCAACCAGACCCCAGCCUCCCUCCCCAGGCCGCUCUCGCCAUCUGCAGAUCGAACAGAGCAAGAACUCAGUGAGCAAAACUUUUGCUCGUGCUUCUGGGGGCAGCAACAAGUACUCUCUGGUCUACAAAGGUUUCAGCUUACACCAGGACGAUCUGCUCUACUGGCAGCUCCCAGAGCAAUUCACAGGGGAAAAGGUGGGUUCUUACGGCGGCAAGAUUAAAUACUCCAUCUCCUAUGUGGCCGGUCCAAGAGGAACACUACUUGAUGAUGGCGACGUCCAAAUUAUUGGUAACGACAUCACUCUGGUAGCUCGUCAGCCCUGGCAGAGAAGGCAGCUGGGCAGCAGGGAGAUCAACCAGUUUGAGAUUGUCUUCAAAGAGGAAAACUGGCGUCGUCCUGACGGCAUGCCCGCCACCCGAGAGCACCUGAUGAUGGUGUUGGCGGAUCUGGAUGACAUCCUGAUUCGAGCAUCCUACUCCACUGAGAUGCGGUCCUCCAGUAUCUUUGAUAUCAGCAUGGAAGUCUCAGUGCCUAACUACAGCGGCUUGGCUCAGGCCGUGGAGGUGGAGCAGUGCCGCUGCCCACCUGGAUACAAGGGACUGUCUUGCCAGGACUGUGCACCUGGGUACACUCGCACUGGAGGAGGUUUAUACCUGGGCCAUUGUGAGCUCUGUGAAUGCAAUGGCCACUCUGACUCCUGCCACCCCGAAACUGGCAUCUGCGCGAGCUGCCUGCAUAACACUCAGGGUGAGCUCUGUGAGCAGUGUGCGUCUGGCUUCUUCGGUGACCCCACUGUUGGCACUCCAGAGGACUGCCAGCCCUGCGCAUGCCCUCAUAAUGACCCAGACAACCAGUUCUCCCCCACCUGUGAGAGCCUUGGAAAUGGAGGCUACCAGUGUACUGCCUGUCAGCCUGGAUACACUGGCCAGUACUGUGAACGUUGUGCUCCUGGAUACGUUGGCAACCCUCAGGAGAGACGAAAGUGUCGUCCAUACGAUGCUGCAGCCUCACUAGUGGUGAAGGUUUACCCAGAGAAGGUCCAGUCGUCCCAUGGUGGCUCUGUCACUCUCCGGUGUCAGGUGUCCGGCUCUCCCCCGCACUAUUUCUACUGGUCUAGAGAGGAUGGCCGAUCUAUCUCCAGCACUGCUGACAGACGCAGACAAGGAGCGGAGCUGUACUUCCCCAACGUCCAGCCGAGAGAUGCCGGAGUCUAUAUCUGUACCUGCAGAGACCAGCGCAGCACCAACAGGAGCCGCGCUGAGAUCGUUGUCACAAGUGUCCCAUCCAAAGCCAUUGAGGUUACAAUCGAGGAGCCCAAAGCCCAGACUGUCAGGGUUGGGUCUACCAUCAACUUUAUCUGCACUGCGAAGAGCAAGUCCCCAGCCUACACCCUGGUGUGGACACGGAUGGGUAACGGGAAGCUGCCCAACCGGGCCAUGGACUUCAACGGCAUCCUGACCAUUCAAAACGUCCAGUCCGAGGAUGCAGGCGCGUACGUUUGCACCGGCUCCAACAUGUUUGCCAUGGACGAGGGCAAUGCCAUCCUCUACGUGCCAGAGGCCUCACAGACUCAGAUGUUUUACACAGCCUAUGAAAUGUUUGAAGGACAUGGAAAGCAGGAAGCCCAGCCCGUGGCCACUGUCACUCCCUCCGUGCUGACUGUCCAGCAGGGCCGGCGGGCAGAGUUUCGCUGCACAGUGAGCGGGAACCCAACCGCAGCCAUUGAAUGGAUCGGAGGUCCGGGGAACAGAAUGAGCCCGAGAGCUGUUGUACGAGGUGGCGUUCUAACAUUCACAGCAGUGGACCCAGCUGACGAGGGAGAGUACACCUGCAAGGCCCUGAACACUCACGGGGAGCACACAGCACGGGCUUCCCUCUUUGUCCAAAAAUCUAACCCAACUGGCCUCGGCACCCAGCCUCAAGUCCAAGUCAGUCCCCAAAAUAUCGAAGCUCAUGAAGGAGACAACUUGAGGUUGUACUGCAGAGCAACAGGAGUACCCACCCCGAAGCUCACCUGGCUGAAAAAUGGAGGGCAAAUCCCUCCACAGGCUAUUCCCUCUCUUGGUUUCCAUCAAUUUAAAAGCAACAGUCUCGAUGUGUUACAAAGACGUAUUGAGGAGCUGCAGGCUCGCAUAGACCGCACCGACAUUGGUACUCUGCUCAUCCCCAACAUCCAGAUGUCCGACUCGGGCACAUACAUGUGUGUUGGUAGCAACAGCAUUGGCUCAAAUAGUGCUCCCAUUAAAGUGUCUGUGCUCAAAGGAGACCAUAGCCUCUCAGUGGUCAGCAUCCAGCCAGCUAUAGCUGAUGUCCAGGAGGGUCAGAAUCUGGAGCUCAACUGUUUUGCCCGUGGAAAUCCUCCCCCUCAAGUCUUGUGGACCAAAGCCAGUGGACGACUCUCCUCUAACCACCAGGUUCUGGGCAGUCAGCUGCGUAUCCUGUCAGCCACUCCAGAGGACUCAGGGGAGUAUAUCUGUCGGGUGAAGGGCAACUCUGGAAACCCAGGAUCUCAUGUCCAACAAGCCUCUGUGUCGGUGUCUGUCACUUCAUCAUCUUCACGUCUUCAGAGUCCAAUCAUCGCCAUAGAGCCCCACAGUUCUGCAGUGCGUGUGGGGGAGUCGGCCAGCUUCAGGUGUCGGGUGUACAGCGGAGCCCAGCCUGUCAGACUGCAGUGGAAACUGGCCAACAACCAGCCGCUGCCAGAUAAUGUUAAAGUUGGCCCUGAUGGUUCUGUUAUUACCAUUACCAAUGCCCGCCCUAUGGAUCAUGGUGCCUACCGUUGUGUGGCGAGUAACCCGUUCGGCAUCACUCACACCAUUGUGUCUUUGAUUGUCAAAGUGUCUCCUGUGGCCACUGUCACCCCUGUUGGACCCAUACAUGUCAGGGUGGGAGAACCGAUUAACCUGGAAUGCCAGGCAUCAGGAGAGCCCCGCCCUUCAGUCUCAUGGCACAGACUGGACAGCAACCGCAAGACCAUGCUGAGCAGCCCCGUGCCCAUGGAGUCCAAUGCAGUCAUGCAGAUACUAGUGGCACGUCCAGAAGACAGGGGCACUUAUGUUUGCACAGCUCGCAACAACGAGGGCACCACUGACACCAAGGUGGAGGUCAUUGUAGAGGGAGGCUCCCAAGUGCCCACAGUCCCCAGGGCUUCAGUUCCUGAGCCGCUGAUGGUUGUGGUGGAAGGGCAGAUUGCAACGCUGCGCUGUGAGGCCCACGGUCUCCCACCCCCGACGAUCACCUGGUCCAAGCUGCGGUCUCCACUACCUUGGAGACACAACCUGGAGAACAAUAGCCUGGUGCUGCCCACAGUGGGCCGCCAAGACUCCGGAGAAUACAUCUGCUCUGCAACCAACAACAUGGGCACCAGUGAAGUCACCAUCAUGCUCGAUGUGGAGACGCCUCCUUAUGCCACUUCUGUGCCUGACGAUGUGGCUGUGCGGGUCGGGGAGGUGAUCAGGUUGCAGUGCCUUGCGCAUGGCACUCCUCCCCUGACCUACACUUGGACCAAGCUGGACGGAAACCUGCCCCCGAGGGCCCAGGUCAGCGGAGGAGAUCUUCAGAUCAACCUGGCUACCGCUGAGGAUGCUGGGAGCUAUAAGUGCGUGGUCUCCAACAAAGUAGCCAACAGCGAGGUGAUCGCUAAAGUCACAGUCAGAUCCCCCUUGGCAGUGCGUGUGUCACCCCAAGUUGAAGUAAAGGCCCAAGGCAGCGCUGUGGAGUUCACCUGUUCAUCAGCGGGUGGUAUAGAGACCAAAAUUGAGUGGCUGAAGGAAGGUGGAGCCCUGCCUCCGAACCACCACGUCAAGGAUGGGGUGCUCAGGAUUGAGAACCUGGAGCAGAGCAACGAAGGCGUUUAUAUCUGCAGAGCCAACAGUGUGUACGGUCAGGCCCAGGACAUGGCCAGGUUGACUAUCCAAGCCCUGCCAAAGGUCAUGAUCAACGUGCGCACCUCGGUGCAGACUGUGAUGAUAGGGAACUCUGUGGAGUUUGAGUGCCAGGCUGUUGGCGACCCAGAGCCCACAGUUAAGUGGAGUAAAGUCGGUGGGUCUCUGCCUGCUCAUAUCAUGGUGAAGGACGGCAUGCUGAGGAUCGAGAGGGUGACGGAGGCCGACGCCGGGCAGUACCGCUGCACGGCCACCAACGACGUAGGCUCGGUCCAGUCGCAUGUGGUGCUUAACGUCCAGUCCAUUCCUCAAAUUGCUGCGCUGCCUGAAACCAAGGAGGUCACCGUGGGGUCUGAUGCGGUCUUGCCCUGUGUGGCUUCAGGAUACCCUUCACCUGAGAUCAAAUGGUCCAAGUUGGAAGAAGAGCUUCCUCCUAAGUGUUUCCAGGAGCUCAACGCGCUGACGGUUCCUCGUGUCAGCCAUGAGGAUUCUGGGAUAUACGUCUGCACCGCCUCCAACAAACAAGGAAGAGUGGAAGCCUUUACUACACUUCAAGUUCACGAGAGAGUGAUACCAUACUUUGCCCAGGAACCUUUGUCGUACCUCACCCUGCCCACCAUCAAACAUGCCUACAAGGCUUUCAGCAUUAAGAUCAACUUUAGACCUGACAAUGUUGAUGGUCUCAUAUUGUACGCUGGUAUGAUCCUCUACAAUGGCCAGAGGAGGACCACGGGAGCAGACUUUAUCUCUCUGGGACUUGUGGGCGGCCGUCUAGAGUUCAGGUUUGACGUGGGCUCAGGUAUGGCCAGCAUACGCGACACCAACCCUGUCAAACUGGGAGAAUUUCACACAGUUGAGUUGUAUCGCAACCACACUUUGGGCUAUAUCAUAGUAGAUGGAGGGGAGCCCAUCAACGGCAGCUCACAGGGCAAGUUCCAGGGCCUGGAUCUGAAUGAGGAGUUGCAUGUGGGUGGUUAUCCCAACUACACAGUCCUCGCCAAAACAGCUGGGAUUAAGACUGGUUUUGUUGGCUGUAUCCGUCAGCUGGUCAUCCAGGGUGAGGAGGUCAUUUUCAAAGACCUCGACCACAGCUCUACUGGGGUCACAAACUGCCCCACGUGCAAAGACCACCCAUGCCAGAAUGGAGGGAGGUGUGAGGACUCAGAAGCCAGCUUGUAUAAGUGCGGUUGCCCCAGAGGAUUCACAGGCAGCAACUGCCAGCACCACUCAUCCCUGCAUUGUCACUCAGAGGCUUGUGGACCAGACGCCACUUGCAUCAACCGCCAAAAUGGCCUGGGCUAUGACUGCCGCUGCCAUCUUGGCAAGUCUGGAAACAAAUGCAUGGAUGGGGAAUUGGUGACCACUCCACUGUUUGAUGGCGAGGAGUCAUACAUAGCCUAUCCUCCCCUGACCAAUGUUCAUGAUGACCUGCGUGUUGAGCUGGAGUUCAAGCCCCUGGAAAGAGAUGGCCUCAUGUUCUUCUGUGGAGGGAAGAAAAUACAGGUGGAGGACUUUGUAGCCAUCUCCAUGGUGGAGGGACAUGUAGAGUUCAGAUAUGAACUGGGCACAGGCCAAGCGAUCCUUCUAAGUCCAGAGCCAGUCACUCUGGGCCAGUGGCACAGAGUUGUGGUCGAGCAAAACAAGAAGGCCGGCCACCUGAAGGUUGAUCAAGGCCCAGUGGUGAAGAAAACGUCUCCCGGAAAAUCCCAGGGCCUUAAUAUCCACACCCCCAUGUACCUGGGAGGAGUUCCCAACAUGGACAUCCUGCCUAAGCCGGCCAAUGUCAGCGAACUGUUUGAGGGAUGUAUCGGAGAGGUUUCCAUCAACAACAAAAAGGUGGAUCUGUCCUACAGCUUCACAGAAAGCAGAUCUAUCCGCCAGUGUGUGGACAACAGCCCCUGUGACCACCGGCCCUGCCUGAACGGUGGUCACUGCAUGUCGAAUGUUGAAUAUGAGUACCAGUGCCUCUGUGAGGACGGAUUCGAAGGUGAGCGCUGUGAGGUGGUGAAAGACGCGUGCCAGAGCAACCUUCAAUGCCAAAAUGGCGGCAGCUGUGUCAAUGGCCAGUGUGUGUGUGCGGCCGGCCACACAGGUCUAAACUGUGGAGAAACUAUAUAUCCUGCACACACAGGCCAGGUCUCCAGCUUCCCCGAGGCCCUGAGGAAUUUGGAAAGUAGCGAGGCAAAUGAUUCACCCUAUCAGUAUGCGGCUCAUUUCAGCGAUGAUGGAUACAUUGCCCUUCCUAAAUCUGUUUUCCCAAGAAGCGGCCAACACUCGCCAGAGACGAUCGAACUGGAGAUCAACACAGGCUCCUCUGAGGGCCUGAUCUUGUGGCAGGGAGUGGAGACCAAUGGCGCACGCAAUUUGCGAAAGGUGCAUGCUAGUAAAAAGGAACUUGGAGAACAUGGCAAAGGCAAGGACUUCAUUAGCCUCGGUCUGCAGAAUGGACAUCUUGUUUUCAGUUACCAGUUGGGCAGCGGAGAGGCAAAGAUUUUGUCCCGGAGGACCAUCAAUGAUGGUAGAUGGCAUAAGGUCACAGCAGUCAGAACUGGAAAAGAUGGAUACAUCCAGAUUGAUGGAGGAACCGCGCUAUAUGGACAGUCUAAAGGCAGAAGCAUCAUGGUCAACACCAAAGGCAGUGUAUACCUUGGUGGCGCCCCAGACAUGGCUGCCAUGACAGGAGGGAAGUUUUUGUCUGGAAUGACGGGCUGCGUGAGGAACUUGGCAAUGAUGAACGCCAGGCCGGGACAGCAGCUAGCCCAGGCCAUCGAUCUGCAAACCCACGGAGCCCACGGCAUGAACGUGCUGCCGUGCUCUAAAUAGAAUGCAGCACACAUGAAAACACACACACACACACACCAACAAACACGUACACAUACAGAGACUAUGGAGUGAUGUCAUACUCACACAGCAGACUCACACAGAGACACUUGGUGCUUUGCUGCUACCAAAACAUGCCAAGACGACACAACAGGAUAUGUUUCUCUGUGUCCAGUAAAACCAAAAAAGAGAGAAAAAAAUUAAACAAUAUUAACAAGUCUUCUCUUCCUCAGCGUUGUAUUCUCAAUGAAGGACUAUUAACACCGGAGAACCAGUACAGUUUACAAACUUCCAGCAGUAGUUUUAGCCAUGAAAAGAGUAAGAGUAAAACAUAUUAGGCCUUCUACGGUGGGUCAGAUCCUAUGAAGUUGGAGAUGUUUUUACAGCACUGAAUUUGUAUUUAUAUACAUAUGAAUAUAUAUAUAUAUAUAUAUAUAUAUAUAUAUAAACAUAUAUAUUAUAUUUGUGGGGGGAAAACAUGCAAACUAACCAUAACUGCUCUUUAACUUUCCUAGAAGUUAUUCUGGGCUCUCAUACUGUGUGUCCAGGGCUUUUUAUAGGCCUAACUAUUUCUAAUACUUGAAGAUGUUUAGGCCUUCUUUCUUCACUUCUGUAGAGGAACUUCUUUUUUUUGCGCACGCGAGCAUGCAGUUACAGUCUUUUACAAAUUAUUGAGAGAUGAGCGCACAUGGUCACAUGCAGCUUCAGUACACAACUCAGGUCGUCCAAAACAAAUUAGUAAUCACGAAUGUUAAUUACUGCUUUAACUCUGAUUUUUUUUUUGCUUUGCUUAGUCAUUCACAGCGCUGUCAAAUCUUCCGUGUCUGUAUUUGUUCUUUUUUUACGACAAAGAAAGAAACCGUGGUGCUAAUAUCAGACAUUAUUAUACAGCACACAGUCAAAUGGUUGCCGGUCUGUUACAUGGAUUAAGAAAUGUUAAACCUAACAGUAUACACCAGAGUCACGUGUGUUGCUAUGCAUGGCAUUCAAGGUUGAUUGUAUAAGAAUAUGGCAUGAUUUGUUGCCUCUACAGCCAUAUUUGAUUGAGUAGAUCUCAUAAAAGAGUGUAGUUGUUUAUGUGUGAUUGUUGAAGAUGUUGUUUUAUGUGUAAAACUAUCUGCCAGACAGAUAUGAGUGAAAGAUAGUACUUUUGCUGGUUAUGGAUGCCUCAGCCCCUUCCAUUUCUCACAGGUCACUCUACUUUAAGCCACAAUAGGGAGGCGUGUGCGAGAGCCAUUAACCAUAUCCUCAGAAGGGUCAAUUCAGAACAGGCUCAAUAUGUUUCUUAAUUUUCAGGUUUAGUAGCUUUAGCAACAAUGCAAUGAGCUACAAAACUCUGAAGGGUCUGUGGUUUUCUCAGCAGCAAACAGCAGAAGGACACAGUUGGGAUAGUGUUUGAUAGUGUGUGUGGGGGGGGGGGGGGGGGGGAAUGCAUUGAAAGUCUCCUGCAGGUGUUGUGACCAGUAGUGUAGCUCGGAUAAAGCAUGCUCGCCUGCCUUUAGUUUCAACCACACCACAAUACCACAUCAGCGCGAUCGUUUAAAAUAGUUCUAUUAAUAUCUUUUAUGCGAUUAAAAUGAGCACUAUUCUUUCUCUUAGUCAUUUGUAUUUAUUUAUUUUAUGUUUUUUUCCUUUUCUUCUCUUUUUCAUCGCUUUUGUUUCAAGGCUUGAUUCUGCUGUUUUUAGAGCAAUCACAUCUUGCUAUUUUUCUUUCCUCCGGUUAUUGUGUAAUGCCUCCCACUUCUCCCUGUUUCCCCCUCAUGUUUGAGUUUGAUACGGCCCCCCCAGAGGUUCCAUGAAAGGUUGAUAUAUAAAACCUUGAAAUGCCUGGUCAAAAUGUUAAAUAGUUGUUAUUAUUCACUCAAUGAAAAAAAGUCUUAGCCUCCCAAUGCAGCAAAUUUAUUAUAUAUCCACGCAGAAAGUUGUCAUCAUGUUUGUUCUGAUAUAAAUAUGUGGAUUGAAUCGAGCAACGGUUCAGGUCCAGGUUGAGGACACUGAAGCAGAGAAUGAUGGUGUGUUGGGGGCCUUUUUCUCAAUAUGUAUCUGCUCUUAAACUGGAUUUCAUAUAUAUAUAUAUAUAUAUAUAUAUAUAUAUACUGUAAGCUCAAUGCAAAGAGAAGAUAACUUGAAUGAAAGUGUACCAUAUUAAAUAUUGUCAGGACGACCUGACUGCUCCAUUUCCAAUGUUUAAAAGACGCUCCCCCUUCCUUUGGUGUUUCUUAAUUAAAAACAAAAUUCAUGUGCUAUUUUUAAUCUUGUGAGUUUUCUUCUUUACGGGUCAUAAUGGCUGUUUGGCUCUGUGCGGACUGGUUUCUUUAAAUGUGUUGUGUCUGGAGGAAUGAGUGUGGAUUAUAAAUGUGAGGUCCUCGUGCGUGCACCGAAGCAUUAACUGCUUUUAAAUCUUGGACAAAUGGCACUCUGCACUCUGCAAAAUUAAGCUGCGCACCAGGGAAUUAUCACAUUUGAAUAUUACUCCAGCCUCCAAUAAAGAAAAUAAACAAACAGGUGUAAUACCAAC